AUGGCACCACCCCCCGAAGCUCCGGGUUCGGACCCGGAAAAGCGGACCCACUCGGCCAUUGACCCGGCCCCCGGUGCCCUCACCGCCGCCGACGAUGACUUGGUCUCGAAGCACCACAUCACCGACGAGUCCGGCGCGCUCGCCGCCUCGGCCCUCAACUCGGCGCCCCUCGACGACGCGCAGUCCCGCUCGAUCCUCAGGAAGCUCGACCGGCGCAUCCUCCCCUUCCUCUGCGUCACCUACGCGCUCCAGUUCAUCGACAAGACGUCGCUGGGCUACAGCUCCGUCUACGGCAUCAUCCCGGACAACGGCCUCGUCGGCCAGCAGUACAGCUGGGCGAGCAGCAUCUUCUACUUCGGCUACCUCGUCGCCGAGUACCCCGGCGUCGCCGUCCUGCAGCGCUUCCCCGUCGCCAAGUUCCUCGGCGCCAACAUCGUCCUCUGGGGCGCGAUCCUCAUGACCACGGCGGCCUGCAGCUCCUUCGCGGGGCUGGCGUCGGUCCGCUUCCUCCUCGGCGCCACCGAGGCCACCAUCUCGCCGGGCUUCGUCGCCGUCACAGGCAUGUGGUGGACGCGCCAGGAGCAGGCCGGCCGCUCGGCGCUCUGGGUCUCCUUCCUCGGCGUCGGCAGCUUCAUCGGCACGCUGCUGGCCUACGGCAUCGGCCACAUCACGGGCUCACUUUCGCCGUGGAAGUACAUCUUCCUCAUCCUCGGUGCCAUGACGGUCGUCUGGGGUGUUGUCUUUACGCUCUUCGUGCCCGACAGCCCCGCCAACGUGACGUGGCUGACGGAGCAGGAGAGGGUCGUCGCCGUGCAGCGCGUCGCGGCGAACAACACCGGCACCGGCCGGAGCAGGACCUUCGUCAUGGCGCAGGUCGUCGAGGCGGCGACGGACCCGGCCAUCAUCAUCCUGGGCCUGAUUUCCUUUGUGAACGCGAUCGCGUCCGGGGGCUUGGCGUUCGGCUCGCUGAUCAUCCAGGGGUUCGGGUUCAGCCCCCUGCAGACGACGCUGAUGAACCUGCCCCUUUCUACGGUCCAGGUCGUCACGCAGCUCGGUGCCGGUUUCUUGACGAGCAAGAUCUCUAGCUCACGAUUGCACGUUGGCACGGUUGCCAUGAUCCCACCGAUCAUCGGCACGCUACUGAUCAACCAGCUCCACCUGGACAACAAAUGGGGCCGCCUCGUCGGUGUGUGGCUCUUGGGGUCAUACCCCGUCGGCUUCAUGGUCAUCCUCGGGCUCCUCUCGACAAACAUCGCCGGCGGCACGAAGCGCUCCGUCGCCUCGGGUUGGGUGUUUGUGUGCUACUGCAUCGGGCAGAUCGCGGGCCCCCAGUUCUUCAAGAGCAAGGAGGCGCCGGCCUACCACAACGGCAUCGUGGCAAUGCUGUGCGGCUUCAUCCUGAACCUCGUCCUCAACCAGAUUCUACGGUUCAUCUACGUGCUGGAGAACAAGAAGCGCGAUAAGCUGCUCGAGGGCAAGUCCGAAGAGGAGAUUGCCGAGAUGCAGAGGGAGGGUGAGGUCCUGGGGUUCGAGGAUGCGACUGACAAGACCAACCCGAUGUUCCGGUACGUCCUCUGA